CACCCGGGACGUCCGCCCGGCGGGAGCCGUCCUGGAGGCGGGCGGGGGCUCGGGCCCUGCCUUGCGGAGUCCGUGUCCCCCGGCUCGCGCGGCGCUGGUUUUCAGGCUGUGCUCGGCCGCGGCGCCCGCGCUCUGCCGAGGACGGUGCGAGCUCCGCGCUGCGGUUUCCCGGCGCGGUCUCCGUGCGGUCUCCAUCGCCGCCGCUGUCUCGUGGAAGAAACCUGUCUUCGCGCUUAGGAGCUUAUUUAAUGAAAAGUGCCAUAGACUGAAAAACCAAACAUGAGGGUAGCAGGAGCUGCAAAGUUGGUAGUAGCUGUGGCAGUAUUUUUACUGACAUUUUAUGUUAUUUCUCAAGUAUUUGAAAUAAAAAUGGAUGCAAGUUUAGGAAAUCUAUUUGCAAGGUCAGCAUUGGACCCAGCUACACGUUCUACAAAACCUCCCAGAUACAAAUGUGGGAUCUCGAAAGCUUGCCCCGAGAAACAUUUUGCUUUUAAAAUGGCAAGUGGAGCAGCCAAUGUGGUGGGCCCCAAAAUCUGCCUGGAAGACAAUGUGUUGAUGAGUGGUGUUAAGAAUAAUGUUGGAAGAGGGAUCAAUGUUGCCUUGGCAAAUGGCAAAACAGGAGAAGUUUUAGACACUAAAUAUUUUGACAUGUGGGGAGGAGAUGUGGCACCAUUUAUUGAGUUUCUGAAGGGAAUACAGGAUGGAACAAUCGUCUUAAUGGGGACCUAUGAUGAUGGAGCAACCAAAUUGAAUGAUGAAGCACGGCGGCUCAUCGCUGAAUUGGGAAGCACAUCUAUUACGAAUCUUGGUUUUAGAGACAACUGGGUCUUCUGUGGUGGGAAGGGCAUUAAGACCAAAAGCCCCUUUGAACAGCACAUAAAGAACAAUAAGGACACUAACAAAUACGAAGGAUGGCCCGAGGUUGUAGAGAUGGAAGGGUGCAUCCCCCAGAAGCAAGACUGAUGGCCGCGCACUUUCACUGUCAGUGGGAGAGCUAUCAAGAGGAAGCCACAUGUAAAUAUUUUAAUAGCAUGCAGCCAUCUUGGUGUGUGCAUGAACAUUCUCUUUUGAUAUCAGGAUUAUUUAUUGCUAACGUAAAUAGCUAUGGUUGUAAAUAGUCCUCACAAUGAGCAAAUCACAACCAUUUUUAAGUAUAUUUGCCUAAGAGUACAAUGUUUAGACUGCUACGGUAAUAACAUACUUUAAUUCUAAAAGUAUAAUCAGUGGCUAACUGAAGAGACUGUGAAAAUGUUGAUAUAUAUACUGAUCGUUGUGCAAAUCUAUCGUGAGGAGAGAAGAUUUUGUUUAUAUAGAGUGACAUAUAUCUGGCCUUGUGAUUAUAGUAUCUUUUAAAUUAAAGAAAGAUUUGACUAGUUGUAUGUGUAAUAUUACCUUACAGUCUGAUUCCUUAUGUACCUCUUUUCUUAGUCUUUAUUUUUCCUUCCCAAAAAAAGCAAGAAAUAAAAUAUUUGAUAUGAAAAAUUUCAGAUUUGUGAAAAGCACAACAAAUUCUUCUUUUAAUGCACACAGUAAAAAGUCAAUAUGUAAUUGAAGAUGACAUUCAGGACCAUAGUCUGGAUUUUGUGUUAGCAGUGUGAAUAACUUGACAUUGUAUAAGCAGUUUAGAGUGAGGCUGGAGGUAGGAACUUCACAUAGCUGAGGAAUCAUGCCAGGCCCCUCCUCAACCUAAUUAGCUCAUGCAGGCCAGCUAAGGCAGUGUACUUAAAGCAAUGCAGGCAUAUAUUUGCCUUACUUAUUAUCAGCAUUGACCAGUUGACCAAGUGAUUUGAGAAAGGGCACACCGUAGUAUAAUUGUUACGAUUUAGAAACCAAGAAAUCCUGUGUUUACUUCAUGUAACUUCAUAAUGAUAAUCGUUGCCCAGAGCUACAGCGGCACACUCUACUUAGUAAAAGUCCUAGUUACUGAGUAGACUAAUGAUACUUUAAAAAUAAUUUUAUUUGACCCAAAAUGACUUCGUGCCCAAUUCUACAUGAAAAUAUAGGCAGUCUUUUCAAAUGGUUACUAAAUGAUUCAGUUUUAUUUUAAUUGCUUUAGGGCAUUAAAUAUCGGGUAUGGAGUUCCUUACACUGGAGCACAAGCACAUUUGAUGAUCAAACUGUCUUGCACAGUGUAAGGCAGCCCUGAAAUUUGAAUUUAAAUUUUAGAUGGCUUAUAUAAAAAACUCAAAGGAGUAUUUGUUAUUUCCUGUAAGUUGAAAGUUACUUGGAUAUUUCUUAAAUAUUAAUAAAUCUGGGGGUACUCUUUCUUUCCUCAAACUGAAUGUAAUUCAUAAGUCAGUGCACCUUAUAUGUUUAAACAAUUCUUUAUAAACUUUAGAUUUUUGGUGCUUAUAUACUAAAUUACAUCCAACAUGUAUAUUUUGACAUUUAAAAUACUUCCCUCAAUUCUGUAAAUUAAAAGAAUAGCUAUUUCACAGUUCUGGGGAUUGUAAAAUAAACGUUGCUGUUUUUUUUUAAUGAUGAAAAUAAAUACUGGUUUUUUACAUUGUCAAUUUUUGUAUUAUCUGGCAGAGUAAUAAUAAUAUGAAACUUGACAUUAAAGGAUUCUCCAAACAUUUAUUGUACUGCUUAACAUGCAAAAAAAUUAAGUCAUUGCUAUGGUUAAACAGUAAUAUCUUCUGGAUAUAUCUUAACAUGUAUAAAAGUUAAGAAUGUAAAUGGCAGGACAUACCUUUGAUUUUUGAGAUUGUAAAAAGGUGUUAUACAGGUGUAUAAAAUGUCAAAAGGGAUAAAGAUUGGUUAUGUAUCUGCUUUGGUGCAGUUUGUUUUUGUCUGAAUUCUGUGUUGUAUCGAUUGUGCCAACUUAACUUUGGAAGCAAUAAUUUUACAUUUUAUUUUCAGAUCUCUUUUUAAAGUCUGCAUUGUAAAUGAAACAGUGCUCAUUUAAUGUUAACAUUUCUUCUUUAUUAAAAAUUAAAAAUUUAACAUCAAUAUUUCAGUAGUUUAAAUGGUGUUUAAGGGCUUGCACAUAUUUCAUACAUUUUUGAAAUCACAAAUGCAUUCCUAGAACCAAGUAUAUUACUACAUGAAUGUUAAGUGGAGCAAAAGAAGUACAAAGUAAGUGAUAUUUAGGAAAUUAAAAAACAAUUAAGCUCAUCUUCAUAUUCCUGACUUGUAACUUAAAGUGAAAUUAACCUUGCUUUUUCUGUAUGCUUUACAAUGAAUCAGUUAAUAUUUUAUAACUUUUUGAUAAACGAAUGCUUACAUCAUUUAUCCUGUAUUUUACUUUGUACUUUAAAAGUUUAUACAAAUUAUAAAUAAUUUGUCCCACCAA